AUGUCUGAAUCUUCUGGAAAUUUUUUAUUCUGGAUUCAAGUCACACAUUUUGUCCCAAAACUUGGAUUCAUUCUCACAACACUUUUCGGAUCGCUUCUUCUUCUGCUCAAUUAUCUCGGCGCGCAGAAAAACUUUGGAUCCUAUAAAUACCUGAUCAGUGCGUUUACAAUUCUUGGCAUGGUUUUUUCAGCCGUUGAGAUUCUGGUUUAUCCGAAUGUGCACAAUUAUAAAGCCGGAUUUCUGUUCUUCAGUUUCCAAGAGUCUUUUGGUUUGACAAGUUCAUGGAGUAGGAAUAUACCAUUGGCAGGAAUCCACAAAGUGUUCGGAAAUGGAAUAAAAGAAAUACAAGUAUCGAGAAUUAGCUCUACAAUAAACCCGGCCAGCACAGCACCGUCUUCGUGA